CUCCUAAAAGGCUAAAACCCUUUCUUUCUUUUCGAUCCCUACCUUGUAGUCUCUAUUUGCCUUGCACAGGGUUUUACUCUGUAACAGAGUAUCACACGGAAGGAUAAAAGACAUGGAGUUCGAGAAGAGAAAAGCAGCGAUGCUUUCGUCACUGGGUUCAUCCGAAACUGAUAAAUCGCCUAAAGGGACCUUAGACGCACCCAUAAUCCCACUUCUCAACUCUCUCAAUUCCCACCCUUCUUAUUUCACCACCAGCUCUUGCUCCGGCCGCAUCUCCAUCCUCGCCCAACCCAAAUCCACCAACCUUACACCCACCCCUCCCAGUAAGAAGAAGGCACGUGGAGGCUCUUGGCUCUUCAUCACCCAUGACCCCGCAAAUCCCGAUUCGGUCCUCUCCCUCCUCUUCCCCACCCACUCACCAACUCAAUCAUCCGAGCUGGUUUUCCGGUUUGAGCCUUUGAUUGUUGCUGUUGAGUGUAGAGAUAUUGAAGCUGCUCAGUUUUUAGUUUCUUUGGCGAUAUCUUCCGGGUUCAGGGAAUCUGGGAUUACUAGUGCUAAUAAGAAGAGAGUGAUUGUAGGUAUCCGGUGUUCAAUAAGAAUGGAGGUGCCACUGGGUGACACUGAUAAGCUUCUGGUAUCGCCCGAAUAUGUGAGGUUUCUCGUGGAGAUAGCUAAUGAGAAAAUGGAAGUUAACCGAAAGAGAACCCAGAGUUUUCUGAGAGCUUUGACGGAAAAUGGAUUCGUGGGUUCCAAUGUUUCGGAGAAUGGUUUUCAUAGGUUCGAUGAUGUACAAGAUGGGGAUGCCGAUAGUGAUAAAUUGGAGAGUGCAAAUGAGGAUGCCCAUAUAGUCUUUGAAUCAUUGGCAGGACAGGUAGGAGUUUCUGGUUGCUGUUUAUCUAUUGUUCAAAUGGUAAUUGUUGGUGAACCUUUGGAGAGACUUUUCCUGUGGGGUCACUCUGCUUGUACAUUGGAUGGCAAAAAGAGCAAGGAUAUUCUUUUAUUUGGUGGUUUUGGAGGCAUGGGAAGGCAUGCACGAAGAAAUGAUACUUUGCUGCUUGAUCCAUUAAAUGGAAUGUUGAAGGCAAUUAAUGCUGUGGGUGCUCCAUCUCCACGAUUGAGUCACACAGCUUCUUUGGUUGGUGACUUUUUAUUUGUCAUUGGAGGCAGGUCUGAUCCCUUGAACAUUUUGGGUGAUGUAUGGAUUCUUAAUACUGCUAGUAAUGAAUGGAGGUUAUCUGAAUGUACUGGCAGUGUUUUCCUUCCUAGGCACAGGCAUGCAGCGGCAGUUGUUGGCUCUAACAUAUAUGUAUUCGGUGGACUUAACAAUGAUACAAUAUUUUCAUCCAUGCAUGUCCUGAACACUGGAAAUUUGCAGUGGGAAGAGGUAUUAGUUGGCGGGGAACAGCCAUGUGCCCGUCAUUCUCACUCAAUGGUGGCAUAUGGUUCUAAGUUAUUCAUGUUUGGAGGGUACAAUGGAGAAAAAGCUCUGGGAGAUUUAUAUAGUUUUGAUGUUCAAACACAUAUCUGGAAGAAGGAAAAGACAUCUGGAGGAAGCCCACAUGCGAGAUUUUCCCAUUCAAUGUUUGUUUACAAUAAUUUUAUUGGAAUUAUUGGCGGUUGUCCUAUUAGAGAACAUUCCAAAGAGUUGGCAUUACUAGAUCUACGAAUUCAUGAGUGGAGGCAUGUGACUCUUGAUAAUAUUGGCAAAGAAUUGCUUGUGCGCAGUACAACCAAUAUUGUGGGUGAUGAUCUCGUGGUCAUUGGCGGUGGGGCAGCCUGCUAUGCAUUUGGAACAAAGUUCAGUGAACCAUUAAAAAUGAGCUUGCUUCCAUUGGCAUCUUUGGAAGACAAAAUUGUAUCUCUAGAUAUUGGAGAAAAACAUGUUACUGACGUAUAUGAUGGGGCAAGAGGAGAGAAAAAUGUCAAUAUUCAAGGCCCUCAAGUUGGAAAUGCAGAAAUUUCGACAUAUAGUUGUAGGUUUGACUUUGGGGCUAAACAAUGUCCACUGGUUUCUUCAUUUUGGGUGCUAAAACUUGAAAAGAAAUAUGCAAAAUUGGGGAAAGACAUGUUGAAGAAAUUUGGAUGGUUAGAUCUUGCAAGGAAGGUUCGUUCAGAGAAAGAUGAAUUGCACAUUUGUUUCCCUAUCACUGAAAAAUUCUAUGCCAUGUUUUCUAAAAUUCAGCACCAAUAUGGAGGUGUAGUUGAAGGGCAAAAUAAUAUUACAGGGGACAGGCUUUUAUCAAAUGAGGUUUCUUGCUCAACAACCAUGGUUCUCCUUAAGGAAUGGGGUGCUACUGUGUUGGCAGAUGAGGCUGUUGAAGUCAGAAGAACCGCCAAAUCUCCCUUGCAAAUAAUGAAAGAAUCUGUAGCUUCUUUCAUCAAAUGUAAAGGCAUAUCAUCAGAGCUGUUAGGGAAGUUACCCACUAGAUGGGAGCGACUGGGGGAUAUUGUUGUGCUUCCAGUAUCAUCUUUCAAGGACCCGACAUGGGACUUAAUUGGAGAGGAGCUCUGGCCUAUUAUUGCCAGAUCACUUAACUCUCAGCGUUUGGCUCGCAAAGGCCGAGUUGCACCAACUGGGACAAGGGACAGUACUUUGGAGAUUCUGGUGGGAGAUAAUGGCUGGGUUGAUCACCGGGAGAAUGGAAUUACCUAUUCUUUUGAUGCUACCAAGUGUAUGUUUUCCUGGGGCAAUCUCUCUGAGAAGCUUCGAAUGGCACAUUUGAACUGUCAAGAUGAGGUUAUAGUGGAUUUAUUUGCUGGAAUUGGAUACUUUGUGUUGCCAUUCCUUGUUAGAGCUGGAGCAAAGCUGGUUUAUGCUUGUGAAUGGAAUCCCCAUGCUGUUGAGGCGCUUAAACGCAAUCUUGAAGCAAAUUUUGUCUCAGGUCGAUGUAUUGUGCUUGAAGGAGAUAACCGCAUAAUAGCCCCUAAAGGAGUUGCUAAUCGAGUUUGUCUUGGUCUUCUUCCAUCAAGUGAGGGCAGUUGGGUAACUGCUGUUAGAGCAUUGAGGAUGGAGGGUGGGAUGCUGCAUGUCCAUGGAAAUGUGAAGGACUCAGAGGAGAGCUCAUGGACUGAACAUGUUUUGAGAUCAAUAGAUGAAAUUGCUAGAUCUGAAGGCCUGUGCUGGGAGGUAUCAAUAGAGCAUGUGGAAAGGGUAAAAUGGUAUGCCCCACACAUACGCCACCUUGUUGCAGAUGUGAGGUGCAGACAAAUUCAAAGAUAGUGCACUUCAUUUUCAAGGUAACAAUUUAAGCAUCCUAGCAAAAUGUGAAAGCACUGAUGGGUUUGAGCAAGUCACAUAUCAACCUCCAUGAUUUCAUUACAAAAACUGCAUGUGAAGCCCACAAUUUUAAUGGAAGACACGGUGGAAUUUGUUGGACCACUUAAAAGCAAUUGUUGUACAUUCUAUGAUUUGAUGGAAGUUUUAAAACAUUGGGGAGACAAUUGAAUUUGUUGCUUGUUCUUAGAUUUCGACAAUAGUUUUUAAGGUAGUAUUAAAUGUUUUGACCUAGUUGAAACAGUAUCUAGAGUGAUUAAAUAGUAUGUAGUUCAUGAAAAACCAUCUUCCUUAAUCUUAUUUAACAACUACUGAAAAAGUUAAAAUCUAUUAGAACUGCUAGUAUUGUCCAACAUGAUCUUUUUUCUUUAGUGCACUAUUGAGGAUUGCUUACACUUUUAUCUUUGGUGGAGCAAUCAUCAUUACCUGCACUUCCUAGGGUGAUGGCCAUGUGAAGACGAAUUGGACCUUAGAUGCUUCCUUUUAUUUGGGAAGAGAACUAGGGAAAAGGAGUUCAUAGCAUACUGAAAACACACAGCACUAUUGUAUAACGGUUUUAUUGUAAUUAUUGAUUUUAGUAAAUUUUACUAUGAUUAUUGAUCAA